AUCCACUUUUCUGAAACAGCGCUUACCUCUAGUACUCCUGAAGUAACUCAUCUCUAAUUUUUGGCAAUCAGAUUUUCACAUACAGUACUUAAAAUGAUUUCGCACUGCGUUCUACUUCUCUUACUUUCAUUCGUCCAUUUGUCUUUCUGCUCUCCUGUUUUGCAGAAUGUUCAAGCACAAAGGAAAAGAUUCUCCAUAUCGUCCGACAAAGUUAUACCUCUAGAAUACGACGAAUCAGGAAAAUGCAUCUAUGUAAAGUCUGAAGAAGGUUUAUAUCUCUUCUCUUCUCCUGGAACAUCACAAGUGUGUGGAUUUUAUGUAAUUGCCGAUCCUCAACAUACAGUCCAUUUUACUUUCCACGAAUUUCGUAUCUCAUGUGAGAAAGGAGGACUUUUAUCGGUGGUUGACGGAUGGGAACUGAAUGGACAAUUUUUUCCGGGUAAUGAAGAUCAUCCAAAGCCUGUGGAAGGAAGAUUCACCGAAUAUUGUGGAGAAAACAGACCUUGGCACACCCUCUCUACAUCACAAAAUGUUGGCCUGCUGGAGUUUCGCAUUCCUGUGAAAGGCGAAGGAUUUACAGUGUCCGUUGAGUUUCGCCCUAACCCGAAGCCAUGCAAUGCAGUGUUGCAGCAGCCAUCUGGUAUUUAUACGUUGAGAAAUUAUGGUGAGAGAGUGAACUGCACAAUGUCCAUAAUUUUCCCGGAAACUUUCCAGAUCUUGGCCAGCAGCGUAGGAAGCCAGUCUAUGCCCAUUACUGGAAGGACCAUGGAUGUGGAAACAGGAAUUGUGAAAAAGUGCAAGAAACGUGGUCUUGAGGAUUACGUAGAAGUAAGAGGAGGAGAUGGACUUGAUCCAAGUAUGAUGUCAGUAGCCGAAGAUUUCUGCGGCAUGGAUUCUGUUCCAGGCCGAAGCUCAGUAGAUGUCGCCUGUGGCAAUUCUGCUGUUCGUCUGGUCUCCAGCGGUAGGUUCGAGAAUUCUGUAACCGUAAGCUUUGACCUCUUGAUGGACUGGGGAUCACCAAGCCUGAUUUGCCCCACGCUCAUGGAAACCCCUUGAUUUUAAAAAGACUGAGAUGAGCUUUUCGACUAUUUCGUCGAAACUGAAGUUACAGUAAUUGCUUCCAUAGUAAAUGUAAACUACCUAAAGAAAAAGGAACGUUUAUUGAAUGUAUUAGUUAGUCCUCAUCCUCUUCAAGUAAAGUUUAUUAUGUGUAAACUUAUAAAUAAUGUCUUCAUGUUCGUCCAACAACUAGAAUAGUUAAACAUUGUUGUAACUCCUUGCUUGUUCUUUAUUAUUAAAACAACCAUCUCGAUAUUUUUUCGAUUCUUCUGAGAAUGUAACUGAAAUAAAAAUUUUAAUUCACUGAA